AGUACCUAACCUUAGGUACCUUAAGGGAGUACCUACGGUAAGUAAGGUACUGAAUACCGUGAUUUUCUGCGGGAAAUCUGGUUGGCGCACCGAAACAUCAAAGGACUUGCUGUGCCAUCCACAUAGACAAACGCCAGCAGUUCGUCUGGACGCAAGAUGGGCAAGUCGUCCAAGGACAAGCGCGAUGCUUACUACCGGUUAGCCAAAGAGCAGGGUUGGCGAGCGAGGAGUGCUUUCAAGCUCCUGCAGCUCGACGAAGAAUUCGACCUGUUCGCCAAUGUCACUAGGGUGGUUGACUUAUGUGCCGCGCCCGGGAGCUGGUCGCAGGUUCUGUCAAGAGUCCUGAUCAAGGGCGAGAAGUUCGGCCGAGCGGCCUGGCAAGAUCGCGAUGCUCGAUUUCGCCAGCAGAUGCUUGGGAUAUUCGCGCCCCCGGAUCCGGACGAGAGGGGGGAGUCCCUACAUGUGGCGGGACAACAGCCCGAAGAGCUGAAACCUCGACAAGAUGUCAAAAUCGUAGCCAUCGACUUGCAGCCCAUCAGUCCAUUGCCGGGAAUCGUCACGCUACGAGCGGAUAUUACGCACCCGGCCACCGUCCCGCUGCUCCUCAAGGCUUUGGACGCAGAGUAUGACUCGAAAACCAAGAGUCAGCAAGCCGCGCACCCGGUAGACCUAGUGCUAAGCGAUGGCGCCCCCGACGUGACCGGCCUGCACGACUUGGACAUCUACGUCCAAUCGCAACUACUCUUCGCCGCUCUUAACCUGGCGCUGUGCGUCCUAAAGCCCGGGGGCAAGUUCGUCGCCAAGAUCUUCAGGGGUAAGAAGGUGGACGUGCUAUACGCUCAGCUCAAGAUAUUCUUCGAGAAGGUGCACGUGGCGAAGCCAAGAUCCUCGCGCGCCAGCAGCGUCGAAGCGUUCAUCGUGUGCUUGAAUUUCCGGCCUCCUAAGGGAUUCUCGGCGAGCCUCGAAGAGCCGUUGGGCGUGGGAUUCCGCCUGUCUAACAUGACAGAGCAGAACUUCAGGAGCCUGCCGAUUGCCGCAGAUACCAUUUUGCAGAACCCAGAGACCGGGGCGUGGAACAGUGUCCCUGCUUUUUCCCAAACCGUAGACGAAUAUGGCAUUACCGAAGUAGAAGUCGAAGACCUCCGUCCAGAUCGCGAAGACGAUAUUAGAUGGAUUGCGCCUUUUAUUGCGUGCGGAGAUCUAUCUGCAUUCGACUCUGACGCCUCGUACCGACUCCCGCCCGAUUACGUAUCCCUUGAUCCCAUCCAGCCGCCAACCGCGCCGCCUUACAAGCGGGCGUUGGAAAUGAGAAAAGCCUUCGGCGGCGCAUACGGAAAGACAGUUAGAGAGUAAAGGGAGAGAGAAUCGCUGCUACAGCCGCGGUAUUAUCAGUGUUCCGGGCGUUUAACUGCGGGACCUUCGAUCAAGCCGAUAGA